CUGACAUGCAAUGGGAGGAGGAACAGUGAACAAAAGGGCAGGUCUUUGGGGAAAUGGACAAGUGGAGCAAAACCAACACAUGGGAUUAUCCCAAUGGCAUUCGGCUCACGUCAGCUGUUCCAGGAGCAGAUAUCAAAGUACUCAUAAAUUUCAAUGCACCAAAUCCUCAGGACAGGAAGAAGUUUACAGAUGAUUUGAGGGAAUCAAUUGCAGAAGUUCAAGAAAUGGAAAAGCACAGAAUAGAGUGUAAGUACAAAGCCGAGCUGGAGAAGCAGAAGGGGGUGGUGCGUCCCAGCAUGUCGCAGUGCUCCAGCCUGAAGAAGGACUCCGGGAACGGGACCCUGCCCCGGGCGUGCCUGGACGACAGCUACGCCGGCGGCGAGGGGCUGAAGCGGAGCGCGCUCAGCUCCUCCCUGCGCGACCUGUCCGAAGCAGGCAAGCGUGGGCGACGCAGCAGUGCAGGAUCGCUAGGCAGCAAUAUGGAAGGGUCCAUCAUUAGCAGUCCUCACAUGCGCCGAAGAGCUACAUCAACCCGAGAGUGUCCAUCUCGCCCUCACCAGACUAUGCCCAACUCCUCCUCACUCCUAGGGUCCCUGUUCGGUAGCAAGAGGGGCAAGCCCCCCUCGCAGAGCCACGCGGCCGCGCAGACCCCGCACCACGCGGAGGGCGCGGCCGCCACGCCGCACCCGCACCACGCGCAGUUCUGCCACCAGAACCCGCCGCCCUACCACCACCACCACCACUACCACCCGCCCCUGCACCCGCACCCGCACCAGUACCACCAGCACGGGCACGGCCACGGGCACGGCCCCUACCUGCCGCACGCCCCGCACCACGGCCCGCACCACGGCCCGCACCACCACGGGCCGCCCCCGCCGCCCGCCGCCGCCAGCACCAAGCCCAAACACAGCGGCAUCAGCACCAUAGUCUAGGCCUAAAGACCCUCCUCGUGACUCUAGUUCCAAACCCAGCUGCAAAGGCACUUAGAGGAAGCAACAAAAUCACACCGUCAGUUUUUACCCAGGCCGUUUAAUGAGCUUAAAGGCUUGCUGUUACUAAAUAAAAUAAUUCCAGUUA